UUGGGCGGCUGAGAUUUAGUCACCUGUAGAGAAACGGUCCCAUUCAGUAUGUCGGACGAAAGGGAGCAAAUCUCGACGGAGGCAUUGGAUGGGAGUCCAAAGUGGCUUGACAGAGAAUAUUUUGAAAAAGUGCUUCGAAAAGCAAGGGAUGAUACUAAUCUAAGUGUUCAAUCGGUUGAAGUCAAACUUGCCUUUCCGAAAGGUGUGAACUAUGCUAGUGUUAUCUACCGUGUGCGUGUUGAUUUCCGUACGAAGGAUCAAUCCAUAUUUAGCCGGAGUUACAUAGUAAAAGCAAUGCCCGAAGAAGGUUUCGCGAAACAGAAGCUCAGUGAAUACAAUUGUCAUGAAACAGAAAUGAAUGUUUAUCAACUAAUUAUACCGAAAUUGAAACAGUUAAUGGAAUCGAUUGGAGAUCAUUCCGAUCUAUUCCCAGCUACACUUACCAUUGACAGAAUCAAAAACAUUAUGGUUUUCGAGGAUCUUUCCUCGAAAGGUUACAUAAUGGCCGAUCGAUUCGUAGGACUUGGUGAAGUUCAUACGAAAUUAACACUUGAAUUGAUGGCUAAAAUGCACGCCAGUUCAUUGAAACUAGUUGAAACGAACCCUACAAUCCUGGAAAAGUACAAGAACGGUAUUAUGACCCGAGGGACCGAUGCGUUCUAUCCUAUGUUUUACUCAAACUUCGAUGCAUUAACCGAAGAGAUCAGCACGUGGGAUCAGGAGUGGCAUUACUUUGCAAACAAACUUCGUAAACUGCGGCCUCACUUCAUCGAGCAAGGCCUUAGAGUAUUCGAUCAUCAAAGCGAUGAAGAUCUACGGGUUCUGAUACAUAGCGAUUUAUGGAUCAAUAACCUUCUGUUUAAGUAUGAUGCAAACGGUAAACCAGUGGACGUUGUUCUUCUGGACUUCCAGUUCUGUUGCUACAGUACACCGAUAGUCGAUUUAUGUUAUUUCUUUUUCACGUCCACCCAAGAUGUAAUCCGACAAAAUUGUUUUGAUGAGCUCGUUCAGUAUUACUAUUAUCAUCUAGCAAACUAUGUUAGGAAAUUGAAUUAUGCUAAAAAGUUCCCAACUCUGCAUGAAUUUCAACGGCAGCUAUUGAAGAAACUAUUUUUUGCCGUCUACUCUAGUUUUGUUGCGUUGCCAGUGGCCAUCAACGAAGAUACAGCUGACGCAGAUAUCGAAGCUCUUCUAGGGAACGAUGAACGAGCGUGGCGAUUUCGGAAGACCAUGAUGGGUAACAAGAGGUACCAAAAAAUAAUAAAAUAUCUGCUACCAAUCUUCGAUCGGAAGGGUCUACUCGAUAAACUGGAUUCAUACUAAUUACAAUUGUCUUCUUGCAGUCAAAAACAUAACAAUUGAAUACUAGCAUAAUUAUACUCAUUGAAUUAGUUUAUGAGAA